AGGGUCUAUAGUUUCUAUCAGGUACUUGUGGAUGAGAAUAUUGCGUGAGGUCUACUGUUCACAGAACUACUAGUUAACAUUGAUGUUGCUAUCCUUGUCUAUCAUUCGAUAAAUACAUAGUUACAAGUUUAUAGUUAACUUGAGUGUUGAUAGGAAAUGACAUUGGGUAAUACGGCAAGGCAGAACAUCCAAAAGGAUCUCUUUGCCGAUAAAAGCCAUACGAAUAAAUAAAUAGCGCUAUUCAUUCCUUUACAUUAUAGCUAUAACCUAUAGGUUAUGUUCUCCUAUCUUUCUCCACUGUCAUUAUAACGUGGACCUCACUUUAGUAAAGUAAAGUAUACAAUGUAUUCGUUAGUUGCUAUUUGAUACAGAUUUACAAAAUUGUGGCAGGUAGAAUUCAGUGUUGAAGUGAGAUUGAAAAUUGAACGUGGUUAGUAGACAACAUGAACCCUCAUUAGUCAUUUCGUCAGUAAAUUAUUCAAUGUAUACGUCAGUUGUUUUAUGAAGAUUUACAAUAUUGUAGCAGGCAGAAGUCAGUGUUAAAGUGAUAUUCAAGAAUGAGCGUGUCUACUCCCGACAUUUUCGCACAUCCUAGCUUGAAAAGAAGUAACGUGAACCCUCAUUUCAAGGCCUUUCGUCAGAAUACAUCGUUGCAUGGAGUGAAAUACAUAUGUGAUCCUUCCCGUCACUGGAUAGAGCGAUGUUUUUGGUGUUUAGUUGUGGCAAGCUGCAUCAUCUCGUUGUAUGCAAUCUACCAAAUGAAGAUGUCCCAAUGGAGAGAAACGCCUAUGACCAUUGAAGUGUCACACGUUCCUCAACACAUAUCAACACUGCCGGUCCCCGCUCUCACAGUCUGUGGUUCUUUAUCUUUAUCAAACGAAACAGUUGAAACCUUCCUCAAUAAUACUGGAUAUGAUUUCAAUUUUUUGAAAAAUAUAGCUGAUACUUUAGGUAUGGCUAUAGAAGCGUUUGAUAAAGAAUAUAACAUGACUUCCGAUUGUGGAAAGAGAUUUAUUCUGUCCGAUUCAAUUCUACAGAGCAUUCUCCACCAUGUCAAUUUUAAAAAUAACUUAGUCAGCAUUAUAGAUUAUGCUGAACCUUUAAUGUGUUUUGCAACGUACACCUUCAGAGGGCUUUGCAUGUCUUGCAACAUGGCCCCACCCUCAAAAAUCUACAAAAUCGACUCAGUACGAAAUUUUCUCCGUGACGAUAAUGAGAGGUAUGGUCCAAAACAGUUGGAUAUUGAAUACAAGUCUGAAUUGAAAAGUGAUGCAAUACAUGGGUUCCCCUCGUUUCAAGUGGAUAGAAAAGAUUCACAAAAUAUUUCUUCCUGGCAAAAACCGAAAUAUCCACCCCUAGUCAGGAAUCCAAGUAUCGAGUAUUUUUUUCAUACAUAUUUGAAAUCUACUGCAACUUCACUGAAUACAAGGUGAUAUCAUUUGAAUCAUACCCUGACGAUACUAUUACUACCUUUCAUACUAUAAUAAACCAUUUUGAAAUUGUAUUUAGGGACAUUUUUUUCCCACCGAAAAUUCGUACAUACACGUACAACAACUAUAAGAUGAUCGACGCCACAGUUGUCUACUUGGACGUGUUUUUAGGUAUAAGUUUGAUGACAAUGACUGAAAUAUUCUACUAUCUCUUGUUGUAUGUUAUUGACUAUUUGAAAGUAAAAUUGGGCAAAAGCUUGUAGAAAUGUGAUAAAAUCAUGAAUUUAAAGAAUUAAAACAACUAUAGAACACUUGAGUCUAAUCAUAGUGAGGUUCACGUUAUAAUGGCAGUGUUUGAUUGGCAAUGGUAUUGUUAUCCUUGUCUAUCAUUCAACAAAGCGGAUAGCGCUAUCUCUCUCUCUCGAUUUGCUCUGUUGCCAGAUCGUCUUUUAACAAUGUAUAAUUGAUUAUUAAUUAGCAAAAUAUUUCAUCUUUUUGUUGAAUAACUUUGAACUUUCUCAAACCCCUAGACAAUCUUGAUAUGAAACCUAAUUUAUAUUAACUUUAUCAUGUUAUUAAUAUCCAUACUACAUAAUUAAUAUUACAUUUAAUUAUAACUAAUCCAUAUGUUACUAAUAUUAACUUUAUAAUAUUAUUUGUGUAUUAUAGAAGUGAUAUGCACCAACCAGGAUUUUGAAUAUGAAAAUUUAUUUUGAAAUUAUUGAAAAAUAUAAUUUAUUGCCUAAUAAAAUAUAAUUGAUUAUUUCAAACGAGAAUGAACAGUUAAUAUUAUAUCAAUAAACCUGUAUCAGCUAUCGU